AUGUCCACCCCAGCUGCUGCUGCUGCAUCUGAGGAACUCAUCUGCUCCAUCUGCCUGGGUGCGUACAACUGCCCUUCCACGCUGAGCUGCGGCCACUCGUUCUGCCUGCGGUGCCUGGAGGACACGUGGCAGGUGGCCGGGCGCUGCUUCUGUCCCCAGUGCCGAGCCAAGUUCAAGCAGAAGCCGCAGCUGAGCAAGAACGUGGCGCUCGCCAACCUUGUGGAGGAGCUCAGCGUGGGGGAGAAAGCGGCUCCACAGGUUUCCUGUAACUGCUGUCUGGAUGGUGAAGUCCCCACUGUGAGAAGCUGCCUUACGUGCGAGACGUCCAUCAGUGAGUCCCAUUGUAAGCAUCACCUGCAAAAUGCGAGGUUCAAGGAACAUGAACUGGUGGAGAUGGGUGUCAGCACGGAAGAUCGCAUGUGCAAGAAGCACAAGAAGCGUCUCGCGUUCAACUGCACGCAGGACGAGAGCCUGGUCUGCACGAGCUGCGCCAUCGUGGGGGCGCACACAGGACACAAGUUCAGCAGCGUGGAGGAAGAGCACGGGGCACGGAAAGAGUCUCUGUGGGGAACCAAGGAGCAGAUCAGUCGAGAGUUUGAGCGCCGGAGGGAACAGCUGGGUGAGGAGGAGAGGGAGGCACUGGAGCGCGUGGACGAGGAGGGCCGCUCUGUGGUGUCCAGAAUCCAGGCGGACAUCGCUCGCUACGAGAGCAAAGCAGGCGGCCUCGAUCAGGAGAUCAACCAGCUGCUCGCCGCCCUCAAAGUGCACGACCCACUCGCCUUCCUGCAGCAUCCCGUGCAUGAGAAUCUCAGGAGCUCGGACACGCAGGGGAUCCAGGAUGCCCCUCCUCCCACAUUCAGUCACCAAGAGCUCACAGAGGUCAUCUCAUUAGGAGGAGUGAAGACGAAGCUCAUGGGUCUCGUGUAUGAAGACGCAAAUGAAGAAGUCAAACAUGAAUUUGACAAAAGCGAAGGCGAGAACGAAGGAGAGAAACCUGAAGUGGGAUGGAAUUUUAUGGCGCUGAUUGUCGUGAUAGCGUUAAUUUGCCUUGUUAUAAUCAUAACAACCAAGACGUCCUGAUGUUUAAGAUUACUUGAAGAAUGAGAAAAUGUGUUUCUAAUAACCUAUUAUUAUUAUUUACGUUUAUAUACCGUAUUUUCCCGCAUACGCAUAUACCCCGCAAAAAUAGCGUUUUGUGCAAAACAAAUUUCAGA